UUUUAUUUCAUACCUAAGAAAGUUCCGAAUAUCUAAGGACCUGACCAACUACAUUAUAUAGAUCAACACACUCAAAGAAUACGGAAAGAAAUGUUCAAGAAACUACAGUCGAGUGCCAGGCAGACCAUCAAGUCUUUUAGCAGACGGUUUUCCAAACGAACCAAACCAGAAAGAAAGCCAAAAUUCGUACAGCCCACACCGCCCCCAUUGAAUAAAAAAGCUCAGUACGACUGGAUACAGCAACAGCGAGAAGCUGCAAAACGUCCCGUAGACGUAGUUCAUCGACCCAAACAAGAGACAUUUGAAGGAAACCAAAACCCCGAGACAGGCGAAAUUAAUGGACCAAAGGAGGAUCCGUUAAAGCACGGAGACUACUCUUUUGGAGGACGAGUCACCGACUUUUAAAACUAAGAAACAAACAAACUACGUUCAAUCACCCCGGUCAACAUCACAUCGAGUAGAUAAUUCUUGCAUCGCUAUGUAACGACUAUUCCUAUGGAUUGUGUGCACACUACUAUCAAGACCAUCUCCACAUUUUUAGGUAGACUGCUAGCGAAAUGAGCACUUUGUUCCUCUCGAGCACAUUUUAUGUCCCC